UGGCGGGGCGUCCCCGAGAUAGAGGUGGAGGGGGGGGUGAUGUGUCGACAAACCUGCAAAGUUACCGAAAAGAGCGCUCUCGAAGUAGGAACCGUGAUCGAGAGAAAGAGAUGGCGGCGUCAUCUACAGGACAUGCACGAGGAAGAGCUAGUCGGCAGGUUGAGCGACAUUUGAAUCAAGAGGAGACAGAUUCUUUGGAGGCAGUUGGGCACGAGUGCUCUGUAAAGGAGUGAAGAAGAGAGUGAGGGGGAGUUAGGAGGGCUGAAAAGUAAUGGUCGAGGCAAGUAUGUACAGACUAAUAAACAAACAAAAGCCGACAAUAAUAAUUCGGAAAGUGCGAGAGAAGGAGAUGAGCAAGGGCAAAGAGGAAACACAGAUAAAUGUAUUGUCAUAGUAAGGUUCCAUGAGAAGGAUCAAGAGAACAUGAAGAAAAUCAGUCCGUUUGUACUAACAACAGCUCUGGCAAAUAAAAUAGGGGAGAUUAUGUAUGCAAAGGUUCUAAGUGAUGGCAAUUUACUGGUGAGGUGUGCGAAUGAAGAACAACUUGAGAAAGCACUCGGUCUGAAAGAAAUAGUAAAAAUGAAGGUGUUGAGCACAGGGAGGGUGGGAGCACAAAAAGGUGGGGGCAAAGGAGUUAUCACAGGGGUGCCAGUGAGUGUUGAUAUGGAAGAACUAAAGAGGAAUCUCAAAGGAGGAGCAAUUGUGAAUGCUCAAAGGAUGAAAAUGACAAGAGAGGGAGUGAAAAUGGACAGUGAAUCAGUACUGAUAGAGUUUGAAGAGAAGAAUGUGCCAAACAAGGUUUUCCUGGGUUAUCUGAGUUACCCAGUGAGAGUGUAUGUGCCAAAACCUCUGAGGUGCUUUAAAUGCCAGAGAUUUGGGCAUAUAGCCAACAACUGUAAAGAGAAGAGGAGAUGUGCUCGGUGUGGUGGCGACCAUGAGUAUGGAAAGUGUGGAACAGGGACACAGCCACAAUGUUGUAACUGUGGAGGAGCCCAUAGUGUGGCAUACGGGGGGUGUGAAGUCAUGAGACGGGAGACUGAAAUCCAAAAAGUAAGAGUGGAAAGAAGGAUCACUUAUGCAGAGGCGGUAAGAGAAACAAAAGUAAGGAACAAUGUUACCAGGAGUCAAGCAAGACAAGGGGAUCAAGAGCUACAGAAAGUAAAUGACAGGAUAUAUGUGGACAAGAAGAAGUUAGUAACUUUCAUUGCAGGAGUGAUUAACAGCACGGCAGAAGUUAAAUCCAAAAAUGAUAAAAUCCAGCUGAUUGUCAAAGCAGCAGUGAACCACUUGGGAUUAGUGGGACUGACAUGGGAAGAGGUGAGGGAGAACCUGACGAAUCAGUCAAGCCAGGAAGCGCCAUGGGUUGGUUAGUACUGAUCAUGGUUAUAUUACUCCAAUGGAACGCCAGAAGUUUACUGGCCAAUGGCCAAGAAUUCAAACAUUUCGUUAAAGAAAUGGG